UGGCGGUAAAAAUGGAGGACUUUGACAGAAUCACAGCAUUACAAGCGAAUAAAGACGAAGGUUUCAAAGUAAAUGUAAAGUCAAAGAGAGUCGUUGUUUAUCAACUUGCAAAAUAUAAACACUUGUUUAAAAAUCUGCUUGAUGGUCAGUCUCAGCUGCGCGAUGAGGACAAGAACAAGCUGUUGGGAGAAGUGCUGACGAAUUUUCAGCUUGCAGUGCAAGAAAACAUUGUCGUUGAUGGUUUUUCAUGGGAAGAGGCACCAGAGGAGGAUGGCGAAGAUUGCGAGUUGAGCGCGUUGGAUGACCUGCUGGAUGAGAAGAUAAUACAGACCACUUGGAAACGCAGCAUUUAUCCAAAGAAAAUACUUCCAUAUGUCGUGCGAUGUUUGAAAGCCGAGAGAAAACUCAUGGAUUUGUUUCAAAAUGGAAUGAAACCACAAGAAGUAAAGAGAGAUGCUGUUCAAGAUGCCAUCAUGAACAAUGUGUCUGUGACUGCCCCCAAGCUGUUCAAGCAAGCAUCUACAGUUAUGAAGUCUCUGAAGGCUCUGCAGCAAACAGCGGAAGGCUUGCAGCAGGUGCUGAACACACAGUUCUCAGCUCACACGCUGGAGGCCUACAGAGAGGUGGUGGGCACAACCAGCAGCCAGGCCUGCCCAUCACUGUGCCAAGGACAGACGGCCCACAGACACACUAUUAAAAGAGCCGUAUCUGAGACGGAAUACAGCAUGGACUAUGUCCCUACACCCAAGGCGCCGGCCACAUCUGCUGAACAUGACUAAGUCGAGCAUCGUUCUGUGUUUUAUUGCUGUGUAAUAGCUGUGUGGGGAUAAUUGUUUUUAAACAGGAAAGUCAGUGCUAAUUCAGUUUGACAUACUAUAUUCAUAUUUUAUAUGGGCUGUAUAAUUUAGUAUGCAAUCACUUGAUUGGCUAUAUAAUUUUUAAAGCAUGUAAAAACAGACUACAUGUUGACGGUUUUUAGAUUUAAAGACUAAUCUACUUUUGGGACCUGAAAAUGUCAUUGUAUGUCAAAUCUUAAUUAUAUGUGAAUGUCUGGGUGGUAUUAUAGGUAAUAAAUAUAAGUUCUUGGGCAACGGAAGUGUUUUGCUGUAUGGAGGACUGGAAAUACUUUUUUUUUUUUUUUUUUU